AUGACGAGAGUGGGGGUUGCUGUUGCGUCGUCGUUGCCGCAUCACUAUGGAGGCUACUCGCAUCCGAGGAGUGACGUUCAAAUAGGCGUAGACGGGAGGAAAGACGUCACCGCCUUUAACUACAACAACACCAACAGCUGCAGCAAUAACACCUGGAGGGAAGACAGCACCGCACAGCAGACCAGGCCAGCGCAGCGGCAACCGGUGCCACUGAUGAGCCAGCAUUCCAAUAUCAACCAGGAGACCUCGUCGAACUCUCCUGUCAAGUCCACGGCUUCCAGCGUAUCCAGCCCGCAGCUUGGCUCUUCCACGAGUGGGAACGCGGGCAAUCUGGCCGAAUUUGCUGCUCAGGUGGCUUGUUUAUUCUGGUUUGCAAAGGCCUCUAAAUUGAAGCAGAUCGAAGACAGCUCUUCUUCGUAUACACCAACUUCACCUCUGGAGCUGGAAUUUGUACCAAGCCCGGGUUUCAAGAAAUGGGUUACUACGGUACUGACCACUACCCAAGUGAGCAAGAAUGUUAUUCUGUUAGCACUACUGUUCAUCUACCGCCUCAAAAAAUUCAACCCCGCAGUACGAGGGAAACGGGGAAGUGAGUUCAGGCUAAUGACUAUAGCCCUGAUGAUGGGGAAUAAGUUUCUUGAUGAUAAUACCUACACCAACAAGACCUGGGCGGAGGUUUCUGGUAUAUCAGUCCAGGAGAUACAUGUGAUGGAAGUUGAGUUCCUCAGCAAUGUCCGAUAUAAUUUGUUCGUCACCAAGGAAGAAUGGAGCCAAUGGCUGGCGAAGCUAUCAGUAUUCUCAAGCUAUUUCGAAAAGGCUUCCAGGCUUUCACUGGAUGUUUACUCUGCCAACCAAUCUGCUCGUGCUUCACCAGUUCACAGCCCACUAACCCCUGCCAUGGACAACUAUCGAGCCUCACAGCAGACCGCAAGCCAGGUCUAUCCUACUUCGUCACAGGCUGUUAACUCCUCCCAGGCUCGCCUGUCGUUGAGUAUCCCUCAGUCAAAUAAUGCAUCCCUCGGCUAUGAUGACCCUGCAUCACAUUCGGCAAUACCUGUGGAACCAUUGAGUGCCCACAGAAAACGCAGUUGGGAUGACCAGGCCAACGAUAAUCCGGCCAAGAGACCAGCAACUGCGAAUACGACUUGGGUUAGACCAUCGACUCAAGCCCCGUCACAGCUCUAUACAGCUUCUCAGUUACCCUCUACCGCGCCUCCUGUCCAGCCUCAGUUACCGACGAGUAUCGUUUCUAUGCCAUCGAACAUGGCACCGCAACUUACAAGGCCUCAAUCCGGAUAUUCUAUAGGCUCCACAAAUCCACCAACCUCUUUAGCGCCGCUUACCGGCACCCAGCCUAUUUCUACUGCUCCACGCCCCACGGUUUUCCCGGUCAACAGCACUCCAACUCGUUGGAGUCAGCCUCCUGUUUCACAGCCAACUCUAGCACCAUUGCCAGUCACCAACCUGCAACAGAGUGCUGCCGGUGGUUUUCCUGACUCUUCAAGGCGUCCUGGCUCAACCUCAUUCCCAGUAACAGCACCUUCAACCACCAUUUCACCCGCCGUUCCUGCAUAUUCAGUUCGCACCCCAACUCACCUUUCGCCUUCUUCUAUCCUUUUGGACCGCAACUCCCCCUACCGCCCAGUUCGUUCAGUCAAUACUCUUUUAUACCCUCCUCCGGCUGGCUCCCUUCUUCAACCGCGGCAGUUGUCGGUUGAUUUAAUGCGAUACCAGCCACUAGGCAAAAGAAGCUCAGAACACCGAGUUGACCGAACUGGUGUUUUACCAUAUUCCCAGCCUAACAUAUGGGGAGAACAGUACUUCUCUCAAGUUCAACCAACCACACAAACAACACAAUACCACCAAAGCUAA